AUGGAUAGUUGCUUCAUCGCCCUGAAACAUGAAUACAGAGGAAACACUCGGAAGUACUUCUACUCGGUGUUUGACAGGAUUAAUUCAGUUGGGUCGGUUACUUUUGUUGCUCUUACAGGACUGCUUGUAUUUAUGCUUUUCUUUCUGGCUGCGACCAUAAAUGCCAUUUUCAUAUCGUUGCUUAUGUCUUUGGCAGCGGCUGGAGGAUUCUUGGCUCUUUUCUUUGCUUUUGUUACUGCUAUAUACAUUGGAGCGUUAUCAUUAGCCAUAUUUGUAAUUUCCAUUACUACAUUUUGGGCAAUUGUGGCUGUUCUGAUAACCACAGGCUGGAUUGGAUUCUUUUAUUCUGUCUGGCUGGUAACUAGAAAGAGCUUUGGAUUUGCUAAACACUCACUGAGUGCGACUGGCUCUGCAAUUUCAACUUACACUACUGCUCGGCAUGCCCGCCACCGAGUACACAAAGAUUCAGAUUAAAGGAUGAUCACAAAUAGAAGCUUAUGAACAAAUCUUAAGUUACAUGUGCUUGUUUUGAAAUGAGACAAGCUUCUGUUGGCUGGUAUGAUGCCUUAUUCCUAGAUCUUGCACAGUUUGGUGUCGAUGCCUAUCUUUUAUUUUGUAUUUAUGAACUGAGAGUUGUUUUGAAAAAUAAUCCAGGUUAUUUUGUGUUGUGUUUGAAGUUUGAUGUUAAUAUAAAAC